AAGUCUGCUCUCUGUUCUUUCAAAAGGAAGGUCGGCUCAGAGAUUGCAAGUGUGUGAGAGAAUUUGAAGUACAAAAUAAAAUCAAAUAGUCAUGCUUGGCCAGGCUGUCCGCAGGUUCACCACAUCUGCUAUUCGCAGGUCUCAUUAUGGAGAGGGACCAGGAAAGAACCUUCCUUUCUCUGUUGAGAACAAGUGGAGGCUGUUGGGGAUGAUGGUCGUGUUCUUUGGCAGCGGAUUUGCUUUCCCCUUCAUUGUUGUCAGACACCAGCUGCUGAAGAAGUGAAGAGUUUUAAUGUUCAUUGGAUAAUAUACCAGGUCUGCUUUACCUUGGAAAGUAUUUAUCCUGCAGAUUACAGACUUCAUGAGCAAAAAUCAGUGUUGGGAUCAUUUGUCACGCUGGCUGGCUGUGUGUUUGUAAAUAAACUUACUACAUAUGAAUACAA